UAUUGAUGACGAUGACCUUCCUCUUAAGGAGGAGGACGAGGUAUCCAUUCCUCGAGCUGCUUUAAAUAAAUUUGUUAAGGAUGUUCUUCCUGAGGCAAGACUGACCAACGAAACAAGGGAUCUUCUCCUCUCCUUUUGUCACAAAUUUAUUCAUACUCUCGCUUCUCAAGCUAACUUUGCCUGUUCUAAAUUAAACAAAAAGACGAUUAAUCCGGAGCAUAUUCUUGAUGCUCUUGAUGCAAUGGGGCUUUCUGCCUAUAAGGAAGAUGCUCGAGCUGCCAGCGAGGAGGCGAAAACGGAGCUUAAAGACAGAAGGAUGCUCAGCGCUAGCUAUAAAUUCAAGCACCAAGAUAGUGCAGAAUUAGAACGCCUUACAAAGGAGCAACAAGAAAUAUUCGAACAGGCCAGGGCCCAGUUUAUUGGCGAAACCAUUGACAGACAAGCCUUAUACCACGCGUCACAGUCUACAUUUCACGAACUGGCAUGCCCUUUAUCUGCGAGCCCUCUUGAUCAUACUAGAAAUGGUAACGAAGUUCAUUCUCGUGUCACCAGUGUUCAUCACCAGCCACCUUCUUCGCGGCUCCCUCCCGUGCCAAUUACUCCAUUUCCUCCCUCUCCACGUUUCUCCGCGUCCAUAAAUGCUUCUCCCGACAAAGUCGAAUCUGCUAAAAAUGGUCAAGAUAGUUGCCCAUACUUUAAUGCCUCUAAAAGAUUAGACGACUUCCUGCCUAAAGUUACUGGCUCUGCUCGUUUGGUAGCCACAAUUGAUCCCUCAAAUCCUGGCGAAAACAAUGGCGCCGAAUGUCAAGAGGCCGAUGACGAUGAAGACAACUAUGAUUGA